UGCAGAGCAAUAUAGCCUAGUAGGUAAACACCUAAACACACAGGGCAGUGUCAUAAGUAAACAGUAAAAAAGCUACAUCUAUUAAAUUGGCAGGCUGAUGAAAUUUGUAAGUGUAGAUAUUGCACAGUUUAGCAUUAUUAUUAAUGUUCCAAAGUCUUGCCGUCACAAUGUAUCCUCCUGCCUACAGUGGCUGUCUAAUAUGUACAACCCGUUUAUGGAAUAAGACUGUUGAUAAUUCAUAGGAAGCUGACGUCAUCACGAAAAUGCGCAUUGCGUCGUUUUAUUCCCUCAAAUUAGCGCGAGCUCUAUUUCAAACUGACUUACUGAAGAAACGCCCUCUACCAUGGCCGAUGCAGAAUCACUUCCCGAGCCACCGCAGAGCAGCAGCGACGACGUGUUGGAGAUGAAAAGGGAUUUGGAGAGACUCAUAGAAGACACUGAAAAUUUAUCAGUGCAGCUCACCUGGAUGUGUUAUGACAUGGCGGCGCUGAAGACCAGUCCUGAGCUGUGGGACUCCAUGCAGAAACUGGAAGAAGCCCAUCAUAAAUGCAGAGCAGUUGUGUGUGGAGACCAAGAGCAGGAGCCAGAGAUGGGCACAUGUCCUGAUCUUACUGUCAUAGCUACUACUCAGAUGUGAUGUCAAAGUUUACACAAGAAUACUGUACUAAACAGUAGGGACAAUGGCUGAUGGAGUAUUUAAAUCUUUUAAAGUAAAUGCUAAAGCUCUGUUUUCAUUUUUACUUGGAAGAAGCAGGUAUGUGGACUGAUUUUUCUGCUCUCUGGUGUAAAACAGUAUGUUUCAUUCAGUAAUGUGCAGACUGCAUCUCUUUGAUAGUUGUUACUUGAUGUUAGUAUGAUCUGCAAACUUUGUUUCGUAGGUACCAAAGUGUUUUGU